AAUUAAGUUGCGUUAAAAUAGGUUUUUCUACUUAAAAUAUGUUUUUAGUUACACGAAUUCAACUUUAGUAAGGAAUUUUACUUAAGUUGUAAAGUCGAAUUGUUUUGAUUGGUCAGUUAAUGAUCCGGAAGACCUAAGCCAAUCAGAAACGUCGUAACAAACGUAAACAGGAAAGGAUAUUCUUCUACCGCCAUUUACAAUUUUGCAAUGGAUCGGUUACAACGCACGCAUUUACCUACAGCUGACAGUGUUCUUGAAAGAGUUUCAAUAACACUCAGAGAUGUACAGAGAGGCAAACAGAACGGCAACCUUGACGUUUCUGCAGCUCGCACCCAGAUCGCCAGUCUUCUUACAAACUUGCAGAGACUUGAGAAUGACCACACCGUCCCAGAUGAUUUACUGAAGAGCACCAUCCAGUCAGUAGUGUUAGUCAGAGAUAGUCUCCCUGAUUUGACUCAACAUGCUCAACACAGCAGUCAUUCAGUUGAUCGUUAUGAGGACACAGUACCAAACCCUCACGGACGUGGCAGAGAUCUAUGUGACAUUGACAUCAGCAAACUACAACAGCUAAUUGAUAUGGGAUAUACAGUGAAAGAGAUAGCAGAGAAAGGUUUACUAGGUGGUGUCCUUCAUCCCAACACACUAUAUAGCAGAUUGAGAUCCAACAACAUGCAGAUCAGAUCAUCAUACACAGAUAUUAGUGACGACGACUUGCAUUCUAUUGUUGCAGAAUACAACAGAGACCACCCUAAUUCAGGUAAAUUCAAACACAGAUUUAAGGUUUAAUUCAUAUCUCCAUUGCAAAAUAUCUGUAUUUCUGAUAAAUUGAAAAUUCUCUUUGUUAUCUCCAGAGCUUAAAAUGUUAUUGCAUACUCUGUAUACAAUGCAAUGAUAACUUGUGAAGUAAAGGGGUCAUUUGGGUCAUACCUAGGAAUCUCUGCAAAUUAAACAAAGUAUUGAUAAAAAUGAAGAUUUUCCUUAAUUAAAUCUCAAUCGAUCCAGAUACAAUGCACAUAGAUCUACAACACUUAAAGUCAUAUGAAAAGAACUGCUGUUAAAAAAUCUUUGUAGAUUUGAAUCGACUACAUUAAACUGGUGCUGAAAUUAGCCCGCUCAUUUAUGCUUGAACUCACAUUAUCUGACAUUGAAUUAAAUAUGUGUCAUUUUGCCUUUGUUUCUAAUUUGUUUU